CAAAGAAAGUGGACGGGAGAGAGAGAGAGAGAGAGAGAGAGAGAGAGAGAGAGAGAGAGAGAGAGGUGUAGUGAUAAUGUCAUCAUCAAAAAAAGGGGGGAACGUUUUGAUAGUGUAUAAUGAAGUGAGGCAAAAUUGUGGACCCUUUUUUAAUUUCUCAAAACAUACAAUGAUUCAUUCGCAGGCAAGGAUUGACAGUUCCAAUGUGAAAAGCUACAUUAUAUCUGUCAUAUUAAUACCGUAAAUUAAUCGAAAACCAGUCAUUAUAUCACCUCAGUCCGAUUGCGUCAUCUGACGACAGAAGAUGCGUCAACAAAGCUCGACCGGAUUGCGUCAUCGUAGAGACGCCAGCGCCAUCUGUCGUCAGUUGCCGGAACCACUGACCCUUGAACGAUGAACUUGCGAGGUGUCAAACUGGGUCGGCUUUUCGAACGGGUUGUUGUCAAGAAACUCCGAGUAAGGUAAAGCAAUCUAGAACCGAAAUUAAGGAUGCCUGGUCCUUCCCACCUCGUCUCGGACGAGCCCCCCAAGAACUCAGCCAUCUCGAGGACCGAUCCCUUGGGGGGAAUGCCAAACACCACUUUAUAUGAUGACAGAAAUAGUGACCUCGGGUCCACCUCGUCUCCACUCCAUUCCAGCCAGAGCAACGACAGGAGGGCUCCUCUCCAGAACCUCAGCCUAGCCGGGAGGUCAGCCUCCUUGAGGACCGAUCCCUUGGAGGUGAUGCCAAACGUCACUUUAUACGAAGACAGGAUCAGUGACUCGGGCUCCGCCUCGCCUCCACUCCAUUCCAGCCAGAGCAGCAACAGAAGGACUCCUCUCCAGAGCCUCAGCCGAGCUGGGAGGUCAGCCUCCCAAAGGACGGAUCCCCUGGGGGGGAUGCCGAACGUCACUCUGUAUGAAGAAGACAGGAUCAGUGACUUGGGCUCCAUCUCAUCUCCACUCCAUUCCAGCCAGAGCAGCAACAGAAGGACUCCUCUCCAGAGCCUCAGCCGAGCUGGGAGGUCAGCCUCCCAAAGGACGGAUCCCCUGGGGGGGAUGCCGAACGUCACUCUGUAUGAAGAAGACAGGAUCAGUGACUUGGGCUCCAUCUCGUCUCCACUCCAUUCCAGCCAGAGCAGCAACAGGAGGACUCCUCUCCAGAGCCUCAGCCGAGCUGGGGAGUCAGCCUCCCCAAGGACCGAUCCCUUGGGGGGGAUGCCAAACGUCACUCUAUACGAAGACAGGGUCAGUGACUUGGGCUCUACCUCGCCUCCACUCCAUUCCAGCCAGAACGGCAACAGGAGGACUCCUCUCCAGAGCCUCAGCCAAGCCGAGAGGUCAGCCUCCCCAAGGACCGAUUCCCCGGGGGGGAUGCCGAACGUCACUCUGUACGAAGACAGGAUCAGUGAUUUCGGCUCCACCUCGCCUCCACUCCAUUCUGGCCGGAGCAACGACAGGAGGACUCCUCUCCUGAACCUCAGCCUAGCCGGGAGGAAAUCGACCAUCUGCAGAAGAGGCAGCCAAGAUGGACUUAGCCAAGUGUCCUUGUCCCUGGCAUCCUUCAGGAAGGAUUCCAUCGACCCAGUGAGGGAUUCCCAGCCCCAGAUCAUAGGGCUUGAUCUUGAGGAUGCCACCGAUUCGAUUCCAGGGCCACCUUCAGCAAAGGAUCAAGGGUAUGCCUGGAUUGUAGUUCUCAUGGUUUUCCUCUUAAAUACGAUAACAGCGGGGUAUGUAAAGAGCUUUGGUAUCACCUACAGCCUCAUACUGGAUUACUUCCCAGAGGCCACUGGAUCCCAGUCAGGUUGGAUCAUGGGUCUACUAGUUGGAUUCAGAGGACUGUUAGCUCCGGCCAUGGGUGCCCUAACCGUGAUCAUCGGUCCUCGGAAGUGUGUCGUGACUGGAGGGCUUCUCUGCGUUGCUGGUUUCCUGCUGGCUGUUCCGGCCUUCAACAUCCCUUACCUAGCUGCGACAUUGGGAGGUGUGGUAGGCAUAGGAAUGUGCAUGGCCGAGACCCCUGGCUUCCUCCUAGUCACCGACUACUUUGACCUUAAGCGAUCUCUUGCCAACGGUUUCCGUGCCGCCGGGAACCCAACGGGUGGAUUUAUCUUCUCCCCCUUGAUAGUCUUCUUGCAGCAGUACUAUGGCCUGAGGGGUGCCUUCUUCAUCAUCGCAGGAGUGAUGCUCCACCUGGUGAUCGUUGGGAUGCUCCUGAGACCCUACAGCUUGCACGAGAGGCUCGUCCAGGCGAUGUACUGGAAGGAGAAGCAGAAGGACUGCAACGUGUCCGACCUCCAGAUCAGGAAAAUGCAGCAAAGGUCCAUGGCUCUGCAGGAUGCUGGGAAAAAGAAGCCGCUGGACUUCACGUUCUUCAAGAACCCUGCCUAUCUGGUGUACCUCCUCACUAUGAUGUGCUCGGCUGCCGCGCUGCCCAACGCCAUCUUCUAUGCGUCCCUCUACGGCAGGGCGAUUGGCCUGACCGAUAUCCAGAAUUCCGCCUUUGCCUCCUAUGUAUCCUUCUGUGAUAUUAUCAUAAGACUCCUCUGUGGUUUCAUCUUCAACAUGGAGAAAGCCAAUAAGAGAUACGGGUUUAUUAUAGGGUUACUACUCGGUGGCAUCGGCUGCUUGUCAGUGCCACUGUGCACUAACAUGUGGCACCUUCUGUUCUUUGGCACCAUGUAUUCCCUCUGUAUGGCCUUCUACUGGACGCUGGUCAACGUCCUCUUGGCUGACCAGUUCGGAGGCGACGCAAUGGCCUCCACCUGGGGCUUCUUCAGGAUGUUCCAAGGAAUCUGUAACUUCAUGUAUCCUUCGCUCUUGGGUCUUGCAAUGGACGUGAGUGGAGGGGUCUCUGUGCCGUACAUUUUGAUGGGCUCCCUACUGAUAUUGGCAGCCCUAAUAUUUGCGGCCCAGCCCCUAGUUGCUAAACUCCCUGGGUCAAAGGUCAUUUUGUAGUGGAUCACGUUCGGGGGUGGGGAAGUUGUUCGGGGAUCAGACAAAGGCUUCCCCUGGUUUAACUUCUCGAAAAUUUACCAGGAUGGAUGUUGAUGCUAUUAUGACACAGAUUAGGAAGUUGUCAGUGAUGUUUGAACUUCUCUAAACCUUCCUGGAUGAAAUGACAGAUUAUGACUUUCUUUAGUGAUGUUUGAACUUCUCUAAAAUUCCUGGAUGGUAAAUUAUGUUACAGUAACUUAAUUGAGGAAGUUAGUGAUGUUCUAACUUCUCUAAAACUUCCCCAAAUGAAAGAUUAUGUGGUAGCAACGCAGAUUAGGAAGUUGUUGGUGAUAUUUUACUCGCCUUAAACUUCCAGGAAGUUAUCAGUGUAAAACUUCAGGAUCAAAGUAGCAUUCAUAUCUCUCUAAGGGAUUCCCUAAGAAUUGUAAAUAAAAGUUUAUCAGGCGUCACAAAUGCCAUGGUCACUGGCAACGAGACAGACCCCUGGAAAUGCCAUAGUGCCUUAGUUAACCUGUAUGGUUUAUGUACCUGGUCGUUAUUCUAGUGUGGUGGAUAGAAUAUGGCUUUGUUAGAUAAAUGUAUGUUGAAGAAACUUCAAACCCUCCAAGGUAUAUUUUUAGAAAAUAUUUAUGUGUAAAUAUAUACUUUGUAUGUGUGUGUGUGUGUGUUUCAGCAUAACUCAUAGACAGUGAUAUGUUAUGUACAAGAUAAUAUAUAUAUAUAUAU